CCUCACCGCCUCAACACUGCGAAGCGGUAAGCUGCUGAGCGCCGCCCAUGGUUCUACAAAGACAGCGUCGCAUCCUCCCGUGCCUAUCAACAGAGCUUGCUUGAGAAAUGCGCCCAAGCAAUGCCCCCGAUUGGCGCAUAUGUCUGCAUCUGGACGGCCCUGCUGCUUCUCUGCAGCUCCACCCUCGCCCAAGGCACGAAUGAGACGGCCUCGCCUGAGCACUCGUCCAUAUCUUCUACACCGACUGCCUCCGGCUCCACUCCCUCCUCGUCCUCGUCCUCGUCGACCAUCCUCUCGUCUGCGUCGCUCCCAAUAGCCGCGCAUCCUUCCAUCUUGACAUGCCAGUUUCGCACGAUUAACUACAUCACGCACACGCUUCCGCAACAAUGUCUCAAAACCAGCUGGUCGGCAUCUACCAAGGCUGCAGCCGAGGCAGCGGCUUCGGAGCCUGCAAGCUCUGCUGGGACAGAGCCAGCAGCAGCAAACGAGGCAGUGGAAACUCCCAAAGAAGCACCAAGUAGAUCUGGUAUAACCGAAACCGCGUCGUCCAAUACUGCAUCGGAUAGCUCUGCUUCCACGGUAUCGGAACCAGCUCCACAGGAGUCUGAGCCCUCGUCUACGUCCAGUUCCCCCGCAACUGCAGAGCCCGAAGCCGAGACCGACUCACCGCUCGAUAACGCCAACUUCCUUUCCUUUGAAGAAUGGAAGAAACAGAAUCUUGCCCGAGCUGGACAGUCGCCUGAGAAUGUAGGACAGGGACGGGCAUCUGGUGGAAAUGCUGUCAGAAGACGGCCAAUCAAUAUAAACAACGCUCUGGAUUCCUUGGGCGAGGACACUGAGAUAGAGUUGGACUUUGGUGGCUUUGGCAAUACUGGGCAAAAUGAAGACAGUGAUUCUCGCUGGGCAUCAGGGACCAAGAAUGACCCAUCCAAGACGUCUGAUAACGGCGAAGGUGUCCCUCCAAGUUCACGAGCUCGAAGCAAAGACGCCGGCAAAACAUGCAAAGAACGGUUCAAUUAUGCCUCCUUUGACUGCGCAGCUACCGUCCUCAAAACAAAUUCGCAAUGCAAGAGUUCUUCAUCCGUAUUGGUCGAGAACAAAGACAGCUAUAUGCUUAACGAAUGUGCUGCGCAAAACAAAUUCAUCAUCGUCGAAUUGUGUGACGACAUCCUCAUCGACACCAUAGUGCUGGCCAACUUUGAGUUUUUCUCCUCCAUGUUCCGAACAUUCCGUAUCAGCGUGUCCGACCGGUACCCCGUUAAACUUGACCGAUGGAAAGAGCUGGGCACUUUCGAAGCCCGAAAUUCACGAGAUAUACAAGCUUUCCUGGUUGAGAACCCGCUUGUUUGGGCAAGAUACUUGAGAGUUGAGUUCCUAACUCACUACGGGAAUGAGUACUACUGUCCUGUCAGCUUGUUGAGAGUUCACGGCACGACCAUGAUGGAGGAAUUCAGGCAUCAAGAAGAGAUGGCAAGAGGAGAAGACGAUUUUGCAGAGCCUAUUGAGGAGGCUGGUGAGCCUGUGACGGUUGCUGAUCCAGUAGCGGAUGAGAUUGCGGCUCGAGGCACACCGGAAAUCCCAGAGGCAGCGAAGGAAAACGAAUCACAGCAUCCCCAGGAGCCCGAUAAGCGUGCGGAGGUCUCGCAAUCAGAAGAAUCGUCCACGCAGCCUUUGGAAACAGUAGCGAGUGAAUCAGCUACCACCAAGUCGCCAACGGAACACACCGAAACUCCUGCGCCAAGUCACAACGAGAGUAUCAGUGUCAAAAACGAAAGUCAAUCGCAGCCGACGCCUGAGUCAUCCGAAACCUCUUCAGUUGACACUCCAACAAAAGCUACUUCAACAACUUCCGAAAUCGCUAAGGGUAGCGAACAGGUGACUUCAAAUUCGUCUAUAGUUACCCCUGCGUCGACUGGUCCAUCCCUGAAUGCAAGUUCUGUCAGUUCCACGUCCAACUCAAGCUCCACUGCCAAAUCCCAAGGCAAUGAGACAGUACACGGAUCGAGCGACAGCAACUCCUCCGCCAAGACUGCAUCCAGCUCAGGCGAUCAGGCGUCUUCGCACACCCAGAGUCGCACUGCAUCAUCUCAAACGCAGCCACCGCCUUCGAAUCCCACAACCCAGGAAUCCUUCUUCAAGUCUAUCCACAAGCGGUUGCAGCAACUCGAGUCAAAUAGCACACUCUCACUUCAGUAUAUCGAGGAGCAAUCUCGCAUUCUGCGCGAUGCGUUCAUGAAGGUAGAAAAGAGGCAACUUGGCAAGACGGAGAAUUUCCUGCAGAAUCUCAACGCUAGCGUGGUCGCCGAGCUCAAGGUCUACCGCAUGCAGUACGACCAGCUCUGGCAGUCGACGAUCCUAGAACUGGAAAGCCACCGCGAGCAGUACGAGCGCGAGAUCGGCGCCAUCAGCACCCGCCUGACGCUGCUGGCCGACGAACUCGUCUUCCAGAAGCGCAUGGCGGUCGUGCAGUCGACGCUCCUGCUGCUCUGUCUGGGGCUCGUCCUCUUCGUCCGCUCCGGCACCAUCGGCGCCCAGCUCGACUCGCCCAUCGUCCAGCAGAUGAUGGGCUCCGCCCACACGCACAUUGGCAAACGAAUCUUCGACACCCCGCCUGGCAGCCCCGAGGCCGGGCGGCGCGUACGCGGGUUUCGCAACAUGUGGCGCGGUGACACGAGUGGUAGCACGCGCGGUAGCGGCAGCGGCCACCAGAGUGAUCCUGGAUUCGACCGCAGAGGUGGUCAUUUGAGCUCGGAUGGCGAGACGGAUGGCGGACGCAGCCCUGUGCAUUUCGAGUUUGAGCCCGCCACGCCGUCGAGUGCGACGCUGGAGGGGGCGGCGGGAGAGAGGGGUGGUGCGAGCGACCGCGGGUCGUCCGAGAGCCCGCAGCUCGAGCGAGCGGAGGAUGUGGAUGGCACGGACUUGGAGACGAAGGCUGUGCUGGCGACGCAGUCUGGUCCUGCGACGCCAAGGGGCAGUAGGGAUAGCCAGCCGACAUGGGAGGACGUCGGCAAGGCUGUGGGCAUGCUCAAAGCGAGCGAUGCUUCUGACCGAAAGCGGAGUCCUCUCCGGCGGAGUCAGAGCUAUGAUGAUGACGGUGAGGAUAAGGAGAACUACCGUAAUGUUGGGGCUCAGGAUGAUGAGGACUCUGGGCCUGGCGAAGGUGAGGAUCUUUUGGGCUUUUGAUUGAUGCACAGCACGCAUUGCAUGGUGUUUGGAGUUCUGGGCUACGAUAGCAUUUGGUCAUAUUGGAUAUGGAGCAGAGCGUAGGGAGGUAGUAAUCUUUGAAUGCAUCACGUGCGUAUCACGUGGCCCUCAACGUCAAGCCUCAAGAUAUCAGGAUAUGUCAUCAAGAUUAGCAGAACACGACUUGAUAUUCUUCC